UUUUAACAGUGAGAUCAUCACAGUCUCCCUUAAACUCUUUAAAGUUUUAUUCAUUUUUAACUGACCACUGCAAGUUGGUAAUAAUCCAGCUUUCAGCUCCUCGAGCAGGUUUUUUCUUUUUAUUUGUCGGGCAUCCAGAUUUCCUGGAGCUCCUGUUGGAAACACUUCAUGGAAACUUGCAGCUGGUUUCUGCCUCACAUCUGCCGGUCAUGUCAUUUUAAUUUCCAACUAGUUUCGGUCCAGUUUCCUCUCAACAGGCCACCAAACUGAAACGCAUCGACUACAAACUGAAGAGGCAGGACAGCACCAAAACACUGCUAAUCAAGAGUGAACAGUUGCUGAGGAUUGAGGAGCACGACUUCGCUCUGAGACCAGGCUUUGGAGGCGCCGCCAUCCCUGUUGGCAUCGACGUGCAGGUGGAGAGCAUCGACAGCAUCUCAGAGGUCAACAUGGACUUCACCAUGACUCUUUACCUGCGUCACUACUGGAAAGAUGAGCGGUUGGCGUUUCCGUCCCGAAACAACCUGAGCAGGACGUUUGACUCGAGGCUCGUGAAGAAGAUUUGGGUUCCUGACGUCUUCUUCGUCCACUCCAAGCGCUCCUUCAUCCACGACACCACCAUGGAGAACAUCAUGCUGCGGGUUUACCCCGACGGAAACAUCCUCUACAGCGUCAGGGUCACUGUGACGGCUCUCUGCUCGAUGGACUUCAGCAGCUUCCCUCUGGACACACAGAACUGCUCGCUGGAGCUGGAGAGCUAUGCGUAUAAUGAGAACGACCUGAUGCUUUACUGGAAGAAUGGGAACGACUCUCUGAGGACGGACGAGAUCGUCUUGUCUCAGUUUUUCAUUGAGCAUUUCCACGCCUCCAGCGGCCUGGCUUUCUACAGCAGCACCGGUUGGUACAACCGUCUCUUCAUUAACUUCAUCCUGCGGAGGCACAUCUUCUUCUUCAUGCUGCAGACGUACUUUCCCACCAUGCUGAUGGUCGUCCUGUCCUGGGUUUCCUUCUGGAUCGACAGGAGGGCCGUUCCUGCACGAGUCUCUUUGGGUAUAACCACAGUGCUCACCAUGUCCACCAUCAUCACAGGAGUGUCCUCCUCCAUGCCUCAGGUAUCGUAUGUGAAGGCGGUGGACAUCUACCUGUGGACCAGCUUCCUGUUCGUCUUCCUGUCUGUGAUCGAGUACGCAGCUGUGAACUACUGCACCACUCUGGAGGAGAUGAGGAAGAUGAAGAAGGGGAAGAUCCCGUCCACCUUCAACGCCAGCCAGGCGAUGGCCUUCGACGGCUGUUUCCAUGACAAUGACAUUGAGCUGACUCCGUUCUCCCGCAUUGCGCCCACUCUGACCUCUGACCCCCUCACCACGCCGGCCCAGACCCCAGAUGUCCGGCCCGCAGAGGGGACUCGCCUCCGCCGGCAGCGCUCUGUGCGGGAGAACGUGGACCUGCUGGUCAGCAACAGCUACAUGAUCGACUCGUACUCCCGGCUGGCCUUCCCGCUGUCCUACCUGCUCUUCAACACCAUCUACUGGAGCCUGUACUCCUGAUCCAGCACUGUGAGCUCCUCAUGGUGCACUUCAACAGGGUUCAGUCAGAGAGCAUUCUGGGGGAUUCCUCCACGGACACUUGAUCACAGGAGCCCCUUCAGCUCCGGCUUCAUCAUUAAUCAUCUCCUCUACAACAGAGAUAAAAGCACUCCAGUUCCUCAGAGGAGGAACUCUUAAUUGUGAAGUCUCACGCUGACGUUUGUCUCACAGGAGUGUGAUGAAUCCUGAGACUUGGAUAAUGACUCUGCUUUCUGUGCUUCAGAAGAACUUUUCAUUGUAAUGACACAUUUGUCUGUUUCCUUAGCUGCAGGGAAAUAACCUAUUAGGAUCAAACUUGUGUGAUAAUGUUCUUCUUACUUCCCCUUUUUGAUGAAUAACCAACCACCUGCUGUACGUUGGAAUUUAAUUUCUUUUCUCAUUAAAUUUUUAUCUUGUUCA